AUGCAUCUUAAACAAAGACUCUGGACCCUUGUGUGGUUCCCCCUGUAUUUUUUGAUCAAUGUGUACAGUGCGCUCGUAUUCAUACCCUGGUAUUUUCUUACAAACGUGAAGAAGAAGAAAGCUAUGGCGAAGCGCUUAAAAGCGAAGGCCGUCUCCGACAGUCCCGGAAGUCCGUAUCGGUCCAUUUCACAUAUGGAGUCCCUAGCCACUAUAGACUUUCCUGGAGCGGACACACUGGACAAAUUGUUUGACCUUGCUGUGACCAAGUUUGGGAAGAAAGACUGCCUUGGAACAAGAGAGGUCCUGAGCGAAGAGAAUGAAAUGCAGCCAAACGGAAAAGUAUUUAAAAAGUUAAUCCUAGGAAACUAUAGAUGGCUGAACUACGAAGAGAUCAGCCAGAAGGUGAAGCACUUUGGGAGUGGGUUAAUGGCGCUCGGAUUGCAGCCCAAGAGCACCGUGGCCGUGUUCUGUGAGACUCGAGCUGAAUGGUUUAUUGCCGCCCAGUCUUGCUUCCGGUACAACUUCCCUCUUGUUACACUAUACGCAACCCUUGGAGAAGAGGCAGUAACCUAUGGAUUAAAUGAAUCUGAAGCAUCGUUUUUAAUCACCAGCUUAGAUCUUUUGGAAGGCAAACUAAAGAAUGUACUGUCAAAAAUCCCCUGCCUCAAAUACAUCAUUUAUGUGGAUAAUAAGACCAUCAAUAAAUCAGACUAUCCUAAAGGGCUGGAGAUUCAUAACAUGCAAGCAGUAGAAGAACUUGGAGCCAAACCAGAAAACUUCAGCGUCUCUCCCUGCCGCCCUGCUCCUACAGACAUGGCCCUAGUCAUGUAUACCAGUGGUUCCACAGGGAGGCCCAAAGGGGUCAUGAUGGUCCAUAAAAACUUGAUAGCUGGAAUGACUGGACAGUGUGAGCGAAUACCUGGCCUGGGACCCAACGACACAUAUAUUGGCUACUUGCCUUUGGCUCACGUAUUAGAACUGACGGCAGAAAUUUCCUGUAUUACCUACGGCUGCAGGAUUGGAUAUUCCUCUCCACUCACCCUGUCAGACCAGUCAAGCAAAAUUAAAAAGGGAAGCAAAGGAGACUGCACUGUUCUGAAGCCCACUUUGAUGGCAGCUGUGCCAGAAAUCAUGGAUCGAAUUUAUAAGAACGUUAUGAGUAAAGUCCAGGAGAUGAACUAUUUCCAGAAAACUUUGUUCAAGAUAGGAUAUGACUAUAAAUUGGAACAAAUCAAAAGAGGUUAUGAUGCACCUCUCUGUAACUUACUGCUGUUUAAAAAAGUGAAGGCCCUAUUGGGAGGGAACGUGCGUAUGAUGCUUUCUGGAGGGGCCCCUCUCUCACCUCAAACACAGAGAUUCAUGAACAUCUGCUUCUGCUGCCCUGUUGGCCAAGGCUACGGCCUGACGGAAACCUGCGGAGCAGGCACCAUUACUGAAGUAACUGACUACAGCACCGGAAGAGUAGGAGCUCCUCUUAUCUGCUGCGAGAUUAAACUCAGGGACUGGAAAGAAGGAGGCUACACAACAAGAGACUUGCCACACCCUAGGGGAGAGAUUAUAAUUGGAGGUCCCAAUGUCUCUAUGGGGUACUUCAGAAACGACGAGAAAACAGCCGAAGAUUUCAUUGUCGAUGGCAAUGGCCAGAGAUGGUUCUGUACUGGAGACAUUGGAGAAUUUCAUUCUGACGGGUGCCUGCAAAUCAUAGAUCGUAAAAAAGACUUGGUGAAGUUGCAAGCCGGAGAGUACGUCUCUCUUGGCAAAGUGGAGGCAGCCUUGAAGAACUGUCCCCUGAUUGACAAUAUUUGUGCGUAUGCGAAAAG